AUGGACAGGAAGGCCCUCCUCUUCCCGUGCGGCCUCGCUUUAGCAUCUGGGUACCUGAGCACCCCGACUCCCAUCGACUACUCCUUCGCCUUUGAUAAGCCGCUGCACACGGUCGGCAUUGUGUUGUUUCUCACCGGCCUUGCCCUCAUCGCAAUUGAAGCCUGGCCCUCCCGCACUCCACACCCGCCGCCGCCGCCACCGCCGACGAGGUAUAUCGCCAUCGCACUGAACAAUGUCCCAAAUAGACUCCCGGCCGAAGAGAUAUGGACCGAGACCGGCCAGCCAGGGCGACGACGAGCCUGGAGUGUCCGCGCUGUCGGCGCCCUGUUGACGGUGCUCCUGUUCGCAAUAUGCGGUCGCAUCGCCAUCUUCUACCGCGUCAUGAAACAUGUCGAGUGCAGCGGGCCCUCUGCAUUGGCUUUCCUCCCUCUCGUAACCGCUCUCUACCACAGUAUCCGACACCCCAGUCAGCGUCAGUACCCCGCUUGGAGCAAUGACAGCCGCUCGCGCGCCCAACUCGAUCGCGUUUACAGCUUCAUCUUCAACGGCUCCACCCGCUACAUCGUCCCUUCCCUUUUGCUGUCCAUCAGCAGCUUCCUCGUCCUCGUCAAGUCCAGCGCCCUCCGCUCGACGUACAUCUGCCCCAUCGCAAACGCGUCGGCAACCACCAUUCCUUCCCUACAGCUGGUCAGCUUCCUGCUAGACUGUGUCAUUGUCCAUGUCCUCUACCGCCUAGUCGACGAUGGCAUCUCUGAGCCCGACGACUGGACUAUCCAGCUCCAGGACGGCACCUCGAACCAUAUGCUGGUUGGCCUGACACUUACCGCAUCGUCAUUAGUCCUUCUUGUCGCAGGCAUUGUCAUCUACCCUGCAAUGCCCGAGCAUCGCGAAUGGAUGCUCUCGUUUUCUUCCGAGUAUCUCCUUGGUCUUUUGCGUUUAUCGUUGAUGAUACCCUUUAUGACGUUAUGUUUCCUAAAAUCGGCCCGGUUAUACGGAGUUAUGAGCGCGGUGCUCAUUGUUGCAUUUUCUUCUGCAUACAUCGGCGUGCUUCGAGCGCUAGGGACCGGCGUGUCCUACUCAUUUCCGCCAAAGUCCACCGUGGGCCUUGUCUUGUGUUUAACCUUGCUUACCAUUGCUCUCAUCAUCCACCUGGUUACGGAUACCAACAUAGAAUCCCGGAUCCGAACUACCGUGCCAGUCCGACUGGGCAGGAACCAGUCCGCAGCAUUCAUCGCACUCCUCAUCGCCUUCUCCAUUGGUGUCAUUGUAUAUCGUCGACAAGGCCCCGUGCGGGAACAUCCAAUCACUAGUCUAAUCAACGUCGCGUCAGUGGAACAUGACCAGUGGGCGUCGCAAGCGCAUCGCAGCAAGUCUCUUGCAGAGGCUUGGAUGAUGGAUACCGCAACGACCAUGAUUCAGCAGUUUGCCGAACAUCUUCCGGAUAUGGAUCUAGCCUUCAACCUGCACGACGAGAGUCGUGUAGCGGUACCCUACGAGCGCUUACAGGAUGCGCUAGAUCAUCCGCAGCCCUACCCUACGCCAGAGCCGGCCCGCCCUGCCAAGGAAUUCAGCGCUGAUCGUGCAAAGAAGUGGCUGGAUAUCGACCGCGUCAGGACAGACCCACAUUUCUUUGAAGACGCUCGAAUCAAGUCGUCAUACGAAACGUAUGGCUCUGUUGCAUGUUCGCCCAACUCCAGAGCUCGCAAGGAGCGUCACUGGAAUACCAAGACAUUCUGCCAUACUUGUACUCAGGCUCACUCCAUUGGCGCUUUUGUAGCAAAUUGGACAUUGUCAUCAGACCCUUGCCAUCAGCCCGACAUUGCAAACCUCCAUGGCAUGCAUCUCAGUCCAUCAAGUCUCAUGGGCACCCAUGACAUCGUUCCGGUCUUCAGCCAGAGCCGUGCCCCUGGGUACAUUGACAUCCGGUACCCAUCGCCUUGGAACUAUGCUGAUAAGACCAAAUACGGGUUCGAUGAGAAGUAUCCAGAUGCCCCCUUCCAAGAAAAAACAGAUGUACUGUUCUGGCGUGGCACAACUACAGAGGGCGUGACUACACAUGGAACCUGGAGAGGUAUGCUGCGCCAGCGACUGGUGCACCUCGUAAACAACGAAACCUCCCGCCAGCCCAUUCUCCUCGCAAAACCGAACCACAGCGGUCAAUUCGAGUACAUGAUGAAGCGGACGGCUGACAUCAAGCGGUACCUCGAGACCAAGAUUGACAUCCGUCUCAUCGGCCCCAUCGCCCGCUGCGCAGGCCAAGACUGCCCCGAUCAAACACGCGAGUUUGGCUUCGGCGACCCCAUUGAGUUCCGCAAACACUGGCACUACCGCUACCUCAUGGACACGGACGGCGCCGGCUUCUCCACCCGCUUCAUCCCCUUCCUCCAAUCAAACUCUGUCGUCUUCAAAGCCGCCCUCUUCCGCGAAUGGUACGAAGGCCGUCUCACAGCCUGGAAACACUUUGUCCCCGUCGACCUCCGCCUGCACGACGUCUUCUCCAGCCUCGCCUACUUUGGCGGCUACGGCGUCGAGGAGCGGAACAAGCGCAUGAUGGACGGCCAGAUUAAAGCCGCGGAGAAGAUUGCCAGGGACGGCAAGGUGUGGACGGAAAAGGUGCUGAGGAAGGAGGACAUGGAAGUUUACAUGUUCCGGUUGUUGCUCGAGUGGGGGCGGUUGACGGAUGAUAGGAGGACUGAGGUGGGGUUUCGGUUGGAGAAGGGGAAGGGUGGGGCAUGGGAGAGGCCGAGGUGGGGUGUGGAGAGGGAGGCGGAAGAGCUUUGA